CUCUCCCUCUCUCUCUCUUCCUCCGCUCCUGGCUCCUGCACUUCCAGCUUCUCCUCCAAAUCGUUGCUUCAUGUUCCUUUUUUGAGUUUGUUUUAGUUCAACUCAGUUGAAAAAAAAAGGUGUGGCAAUGGGUGGCGGCGGAACGCUGAUAUCUGUUUAUCCAGAGGAUCUCACUUUCCUAUUUGAGCUGGAUAAACCGUGCUAUUGCAAUCUCAAGGUGGUGAACAACAGCGAGCAUCAUGUUGCAUUCAAGGUCAAGACGACAUCACCGAGGAAGUAUUUCGUCCGGCCGAACGCGAGCAUAGUCCAGCCAUGGGAUUCUUGCACUAUAACAAUUACGCUGCAGGCGCAGAAAGAGUACCCUCCAGAUAUGCAAUGCAAGGAUAAGUUCUUGAUUCAGAGCACUAGGGUAGCUGCCAGUACUGACAUGGACGAGAUUCCCCCUGAUACGUUCAACAAAGAAGUUGAUAAGGUGAUUGAGGAAAUGAAGCUUAAGGUUGUUUAUACACUGCCCAGUGGAAGUUCUGACGACUCUGGUAUUACAUCUUCAGGAAGCAGGAGCUUCAGAUCAGGGUCUGAUGAUCUUGCGAUGCUGAAAAAUGCAAGCAUGGAAGAGAUCCAGACAAUACAACGCCUGAAAGAUGAAAGAGAUAACACUCUGCAGCAAAAUCAGCAAAUGCAACGUGAAUUGGAUGUGCUUAGGAGGCGUAGAAGCCGCAAGAGCGACGCGGGUUUCUCCUUGACGUUUGCUGCUUUUGCUGGGCUCAUAGGUGUUCUGGUUGGGCUCCUGAUGAGCCUCAUCUUCUCUUCCCCUCAGGCUGCUGCUUAACUGCCCAAAGGUUGCAACCAAUAGGUAUAUUAUUAUUCAGCUGAUCAGCUCAAUGAGGAAGAAUUGUGACCUGCACCGGUCAAUAUCGAUCCUGCAAGCAUAGCUAGGAGGGAUUGAGCUGCUCUGGGAAGGAAAAUACAUGGAAAAUUCUGCUUUAGUCUCCGUAAUUAUUUUGUUCAUUGCAAUGUAGUUAAUAUGCGUCGAAUCAUAAGUGUCACAAUGGUUCACCCCACGUUAAUUUCUAAAAUCUGUAUCUGCCCCUCUUAUGCAAUCUUUCUGUACAAUUAGUUUGACAUAUAUAUCAGGGAGAAGCUGUAUGCAUUCACCGA